AUGUCCUGGCUGUCCAACUACCUCCGUUGCUGCGCUUUGGGAAUGGAGACACUCAGCAUUGACAAUUUGGCAGAACAGAUCGCACUUAAAAUGUUUUCUCUCAACUUUAACACAACAAACUGGAAAGCAAAUUACAACUACUGGACUUCUGGAACUUGGAAAGGUUCUCCUCCGAACCAGUUUUCGUGGUGCAAACCCAGCGGUCCCUCCGUUCUCGCCGGCGAUUUAGUUUGGGAAAAGGGACAGCCGGACAACGCGGGCAGCAACGAGAGCUGCGUCCACUUCCGGUUCGUUUUGAAUUCCACAGGCACCAUCAUGACCGAUAGGAACUGCGCCAAUAAAUACAUAUUCGCUUGCAAGUCGAGCUGGGCAGAUGCGUGGGAUUUGUGCUGCAUGGUCGGGAUGACCCUGAUGUCCAUGGAGUCGGCGGGAAAAGCGAGUUGUUAUUCCAGAAUCGUAUCCAAGUUUCAAACUCCAACAUAUGGAGACUUCUGGCUCUCUGGGACGGACAAGGGCUGUCCUUCCACCUUCCGAUGGUGCUCGCUGAGCAAGAAUUUCAUCAACCCUGAGCUCAAAUGGAAGGCUGGACACCCGGUGGACGGUUUGGAUUGCGUUUACCUCGAAGUUAGAAACGGAUCCGUGCUGCUCGCCUCCGCCAACUGCGCCGAGAAGAAAGAUUUUCUCUGCGAAGUGAGAAAGAAGGCGACCUUCCAAAGGGCCAUGCAGACCGAAUGCGCGGAAAUUUGGGAUAUUUCGAUUGAGGAAAUCGAUAUGCUGUUGAAUGUGAGCGCGUUUCUCUCUCCAACUGCGAACAUCUCGCUGAAUUUGAAGUGCUUCUUAAAAUGUGUCGGAGUUGAAGUUGGAAUGUUUGACCUGGGUGCCUUGAGCGCGAUUGCAACGUUGCAACAAAUAGAAAUCUUCACUCAGGAAGAACCGAUGAAAAUGGAAUCUGCCUUCGUCGCUUACGACACCUGCAGCGGAAAACAGUUUGACGACGAAUGCGUGACCGCUUACGAAACUUUCAAAUGCGGCCAGGAGCAAGCGCCUGACCUUGUCUCGCAAAUCGUUACAAAUAAUUUCGACAACGGAACAGUUCUAUCUCCUCCGAUUCCGUGCGUUCCGGUUCGCCGAUCGUGUUGGCUAACUAAUGAAAUUCCCUGCGUCAAAGAUCAAGCGAUCGCCGAUUUAGUUUUGAGCUAUAAAGAUCCUUCCGGAACUGUGGGAGGAUCGACCGUGACUGCCAACAAGAUGUUUUACCUCAGGAAUAAAAAUAUUACAGAAAAUUAUAAUCCUAUCGAUGCAUACAAAUAUUGCUGCGCAAUUGGAUGGAAACUGUACGAGCCCGUGUCCAGUGUUGACGAUACUCAGAUUUACAAUUUGCUCGGAGGUGGAGCAAAUGCAAUCGUGGGCGACACCGAGUACUUGAACGAUACUCACGACGUUUGGUGCCGAAGCCGCCAGGUUGUGCCUUCGGAUAUUCUUGCGGAGUCCGUAUCGUGCUUUCCGAACUUCUACACCAAGUUCCAAGCAUCAGAAAUUCAAAAACUACCAAGCAUUGGACUCAUCUCAAUCUUUUCUGAGUAA